AACGACAUAUGAGUGAAAACAAAACAACAUGCAAUUCUAUAUAUGAUCUUUCAUGAAAAUUAGUAUUAAAUUGUGACUUCUCAUUAAAUAAUCAUUAUUUGUACUUCUCGUCUGAUUAAUACUUAAGGACUCCGUUUAUUAAAAAAAAUCAUUAUUUGUUGUGAGCAUAAUAUUCACUCCGUUUCUCAUAAUAUCGGUUUUGGCCGGCAGAUCAAAUUGCUAUCGGCCGCUGGCCGGCCGUGGUGAAUUGUUAAAAGAAUAAUUAGGGUAGGAAAUUGAACCAUCAUAAAAUAUAUAUUAGUCGUUGAAUUUUGAUCUCUCUAACGUUUUGCUUUGUAGUUUUUUGAAAGGGUAGUUUUUGUUAUUUACAGAUAAAUAGUCUAAAGUUUGUUUGAAUGAUAUGAAUUAUGAGAUAUAUUUGGAGAAUGAGAAAUAGUAAUAAAAAAUAUAUAUUGGCGGUUACCGGCAACAUUGAUGUAAUUGUCUUUCGUAUCCAAGAACUUAACUUGAUGAAUAUGACCUCGACAUUGUCGCUAAAAUCUCGUACGAGUUCAACUAUUUUCCUUCCGAAUCUCUCACUUUCUAACCAAGCUAAUUACUUACAAUUUUUUCAACAACAUCUAACAAUUGACUUACCAUAAUGUACUAUAAGUCUGAAGUCUUGUUUAGUCCGACAAAUUCUGUUAAAGAGUGCUAUAAGAUCCAGCAUAACCUUCCCCCAACAAUUUGAGUUAUUGAAAUCAACUGGUUCAUGACAUGGUAUCAGAGUUGGUUUCGCCAAGUGGUCGUGUGUUCGAAUCUUCAGAACCCCAAUACUAACAGUUGAUUAAAAGCACAUGGUUUCUCACAGCUGUUUUUUCCCGCUCUCAUUUUAUAAUCUAACGACCUAAUUAAUAUAUGAUUCCCGCUAAAUCCAAGCAUAUAUAUACAUAUGCUGAGUCAAUCAUAUUGUCACUAUGCUUUUGGCUUCCAAAGUUCUGAAAAUCUAUUGACUUUGGUUUCAUAUAAAUCCUUAGAACACAAUCAAUCCCCUGAAGCAAACCCAUUCCACACCAAAAAUAUGGCUGAUUUCCAACCCACAUUCUGCCUCUCCUUACUGUCACUCCUCCUUCUGCUGCCGGCGUCCAAAGUCAACUCCCAGCAGCUGCACGGCAACAUUUCACUAGGCUCGUCUCUGGCCGCCGGCGCAUCCCAAGACUACUGGCUCUCCCCGUCCGGCGAGUUCGCUUUCGGGUUCCAACAAGUCGCCGCCGGCAGGGGCAACACCUUCCUCCUCUCCAUUUGGUUCAACAAGAUCCCGCAGCGAACCGUCGUGUGGUCCGCCAACCGGAACGAGUUGGUCCCCGAAGGUUCGACCAUCAAGCUGACCAAGGACGGGAACUUGAUCCUGGCCGACCCGUCGGGUCGGCUGGUCUGGAACCCGAACUCGGUUGGGUCCGGAGUUUCCUACGGCGCUUUGCUGGACACGGGGAAUUUCGUGCUGGCCGGUCGGAACUCGGCCGUUUUGUGGGGCAGCUUCGAUCAGCCCACUGACACAAUAUUACCGAUGCAAACUCUGGUGAGAGGUACCGAGCUAAUAUCCAAGUACUCCACGUCGAACUACUCGACCGGAAGAUUCAAGAUCGAGUUUCAAACCGACGGCAACCUGGUUUUCUACACGACCCACUACCCGCAACAGGGCAGCAAUUACGCUUACUACGCCAGCUCGACCUUCACCGCCGACAAGGUGUCCUACAACCAAUCUGGCUCACUGUCCAUAACCUACACCAACGGGACAAUACUCGGAAACGUGUUCAAUAGUAGGGAAUCAACAAAGGAUUUCUACCAGAGGGUAACAAUUGAUUCUGAUGGCGUCGUGAGACAAUACGUUUACCCCAAGAGAAAUAACAACAACGGUACAAACAUGUCACGAUGGCCUAUGGAGUGGACCGUUUCGGAUUUCCAGCCGUCGAACAUAUGCACCGGAAUCAGAGGAGUCAUAGGCAAUGGCGCUUGUGGGCUCAACAGUUACUGUCGGAUGGAGAGUGGCAUGUUCCCUAGAUGUGACUGCCCACAAGGGUACGUUUUUAAGGAUCCACUGGAUCAGAGCAGUGGUUGUGUGAGGAAUUUUGCUCCUCAGGAUUGUCUUGUGAAGGAGGGUAGUCGUGACGAUGGCGACCAGUUCGAUCUCGUGGAGAUGGUCAAUACCGAUUUCCCGAAUGGGGACUACCAGAUUCUGGUGUCGGUUUCGGAGGACACGUGUCGUGGGGCGUGCUUGAGUGAUUGUCUUUGCGACGCCGCGCUUUACAGAGGUGGAACCUGCUUUAAGAAGAGGAUGCCAAUGUCGAAUGGGAACGUGGACCUAUCGAAUGGAGGGAAAACUCUGUUCAAAGUCAGGAGGCAGAAUUCCACUUCCACUACGAAGAAGAAAGAUCAUCAACCGCUUCUUAACGCGACCGUUGGAUGGUUUCUCUUAGGCAGUUCAAUUUUCGUUAACAUCAUCUUUGUCUUAGCUAGUUGUCCAUGGAGGAAGAAUCCCCUAAAUAGCAAAGUUGGUGAAACCCUAGAUCAAGGAGGUUUAUCUUCGAACCUUCGGAGAUUUGCAUACAAAGAGAUGGAAGCAGCAACAGGAGGGUUCAAGCAAGUUCUUGGUAGUGGCUCUUCGGGCACGGUUUACAAAGGUGUCAUCAACGAUCACAACUCGGAAAAAUUAGUUGCAAUCAAGGUGCUCGACAAAGUUCAUGUGAUGGAAGGCCAUGAUGUCCGUGAGUUCGCCACGGAGGUGACCAUAAUCGGCGAAACGAACCACAAGAACUUGACGAGACUCGUGGGGUUCUGCAACGAAGGGCAGCAUCGGGUUCUGGUUUACGAGUUCAUGAGCAAUGGUUCUUUAGCCGAUUACUUGUUCGGAGGAGGAGGUGAAACGAGGCCUAAUUGGUAUACGAGGACCCAAAUAGCUUAUUCGGUUGCUCGAGGGCUCGUUUACCUUCACGAGGAAUGCAACACUCCGAUAAUCCACUGCGAUAUCAAGCCACAGAACAUCCUCCUGGAUUGCUCGAUGACAGCCAGGAUCUCGGAUUUCGGCCUUUCGAAACUCAUGAAGGCGAAUCAGACCCGAACCACAACAGCAAUUCGCGGGACCAAAGGGUACCUGGCGCCGGAGUGGUUUAGGAACGUGCCCGUGACGCCUAAGGUCGAUGUGCACAGCUUCGGAAUCGUGCUCUUGGAGCUUGUUUGUUGUAGGAAGAACUUCAUGAUGGAAGUCGAGAAGGAAGAGGAGAUGGUGCUCGUGGAUUGGGCUUACGAUUGCUAUAGCAAAGGGAAAUUGCAUAAGCUGGUUGGGGAUGACAAAGACGCAAUGGAGGAUUUGGUGAGAGUUGAGCGGCUGGUGAAGGUUUCGAUCUGGUGUAUUCAGGAGGAUCCAUCGUUGAGACCUAGCAUGAAGAAAGUUGUUCACAUGCUGGAAGGAGCUGUCCUUGUUUCAGAACCGCCCGAUCCUAACUCCUUCAUGAGUGCCAUAUGAAAUAUGCAACUCUUUUUUCAUCUCUCAUUCUUUAGAAGCUUGAAAUUUCUCUUUUGGGUGUGUUUGUUUGAGAGCUAAUGAUGUACAUAUGUAGUAAUAACUAUUGGGUAGUGCUAAUUCUAAGAUAGAUUAUUGGUUCAUUUUAAAGUCAUAUUCAAGUUGCUUUCUCCCUAUUGAGCAAGUCUUCAUGUACCAAGGCACUGUUGACUGUUUUGAUUUCAGCUCAUUUUUUCUCAAAUCAGUGUAGUUGAUUAUGCAUUUCAUUUGUCUAGUGUGCUUACUUCCUCUAUAUUAGGUUAGUGUGCUCUUUUCUUGAAGCUAAUAUUGCAAUUAUUUUCAAACUUUCGGUUAUCAUCAUAUGGUUCAUGUGUCGAACUUGUUUUGUGCUUCUACGUAUUCUGUCAACAGGGUCUUCAUCAUUUGAUUGAUUAGCGCACACUUAGAACUUAAUAAUCUUUUUUCUACGAGAAAUUUAGUUAUACCAACAACUAAAUACAUGAAGUAAUGAAAAAUUAUAAAGCUACAUGUUUUUAUUAAAUUUGGGAAUGAAUAAUAAUAAGAUACUGCUCUAGGGUUUGAUUUGGACAGGCAGAUUUAAAUGAAUAUGAUUAUAGUUUUCAUCGGCAAUAAACUGUUUAAUUAGCAAACAUUAUCGCCCUCGUCUCUUUCUUCCUAAGCUCUAUUCCCAUUCGGCAGAUUCUUCUCUCCUCUGUCUCCGUCCACUCUUUCUGGCCGGCCGAAGCUGAUUAAGCUAGCUACAAAGUCAUAUUACAAAAGUCUUGUUUAUGUACAAUUAAGUUUGGACCAAAUGAUCAUCAUAGCAAAAUAACAUUUUAAUUUCUCUUUCCACCCAAUAACAUUCUAACAUAAACAAAUUGUGUCUUACAUAUUUGAAUUUCUUUUCAUAAAUAAUCUCUCAUAUUCAAAGGAUGGGAGACUUUGUUUGUUCAGUGAAGUCGUGAUUUCGGUGGCAGACCUAUCUCAACUUUUGUAUUAUGGUAAUUACAAGCAAUAUUUUCAACAACAUUUAAGAAUCAAUUUAACCCUAAGCUAUACAACAAGUCAUCGCAGUUUCUAGCUCGAAAAUUGUGUUCAUGAUUAACACUUCAAGUCGGUGUUUUGGAUUUAUUUUGAAAGAUCUAAAGCAAAUAAGAUAUUAUUUACUAUUGAAUAUCUUCUAAUAGCUUGAUUUAUUGGAACGAUCUAAUAGAUUCAUUUUUUGAUCCAACAAGAAAGUAAAUCAAAUUGACCUCGUAUAUCCUUCAAGCUAAAGCAUAAACAAAAAGAUCGAACAAACAAAGAGUAAGUUGAGAUUCGAACUCACAAUCUCGAAGUUGCAGUAUACUCUCUCAAACACUAGGACAAAACAAUAUUUUCGACUUUGAAUUUGUUAAGAAAAUAAUAUAAUCACU